UCUCAAUCUCAAGUGACCAGAAUCUUCAGAGACAAAACAAAGUCAGCACCAUUGACACAGAAACGUGACACCAUACCAACGCACAAAAUGAGCCAACAAGCAGCAUGGAUCAAAGAGCAACAUGCCAGCCUCGUGGUUGACGAAGCUCCAAUUCCAACUCCUGGGCCAGGCGAAUUGCUGGUCAAGAUCAAGAUCAUUGCUUUCUCUCCACUCGAGGCGAAAAUACAAAAGUCCGCUCUCAUUCCAAUCCCGUAUCCCAACAUCCUCGGUAUGUCCUUUGCUGGUAUCGUCGAGGACGUUGGGCCCGACGUGACCGAUUUCAAGCCAGGCGACAGGAUUGCGACCAUUCGCGACGGGCCGAAGGCUGCUGAUCCUCGCUUUGGAGCCUACCAGCAGUACGCUCUCGCAUCGCAGACUUCGACUACCAAAUUCCCAGAGGGAGUCAGCCUCGAAACCGGUGCAACAACGAUUCUCAACCUUGCUGCUGUCGCCUCUGCCUUCUCAAUCUUUAUGGGUCUUGACCGUCCGCCUGUUACACGCAAGGCGGAGGCGAACGGCAAGAAGAUCCUUAUAUACGGCGGUUCUAGCUCUGCGGGUGGAAUUGCUACGAGCUAUGCCACUGCAGCCGGAUAUGAAGUCAUUACCACAUCAUCACCCAAGAACAAAGACUUCGUGCAGUCUCUAGGUCCGUCAAUCAUCAUCGACCACUCGCAACCUAGCAAAGAGUUGUUGACCGAUAUUCGAUCUCAUGGUCCUUAUGAAACCAUCUUCGACGCCAUCGGCCUUCCACCAGUUACCGGCGUGCUGGCAGAGUACUUACAUUCGCUGGGUGGUGGAACGUAUUACUCUCUGAUCUAUCCGGAGAAGCCUUUGCCGGAUGAUGUGCAGUGCAAGUUUGCACCUUACAGCUUGUCACUUGAUAAACCGGAGAACCGAGACUUCAGAGCAUGGUUCUACACUGAACUCGUGCCGAAGGGACUGCAGGGAGUGAUCGUGCCCACAAGGCCACAGUGGGUUGAAGGCGGAUUGAGUCAGGCACAGGCAGCCCUGGACCUGAUGGAGGAUGGCAAAGUUAGUGGUAGGAAGCUGUUGAUGGAUCCGAGCGCUUAGAUUAGGAAUACUAGGUAAUUAGUGACGCGUAUAGGAGGCACAAUGAAGAUGCCUCCAACCUCAAUAAGUUUCCUUUUCCCCUUUGCAUA